CGAACCACCACCUUUCCAACAUGAAGUUCUCCGCCGUCAUCGCCGCCGUCUCGGCCACCGCCGUCUUGGCCGCCCCCGGCGCCGAGUCCAGCCCCAACAACUUCGGCGCCGUCGAGAAGCGCGCCUCCUUCCCCAUCCCAGCCUCCAAGGGCACCGUCACCUUCAAGGCCCCCCAGUCCGUCUCCGGCACCUUCGACGGCGGCCUCAAGACCUACGGCCGCGGCGUCAAGUGCACCGGCCAGGCCGAGGGCGGCAACAAGGACGCCGUCUUCAUCCUCGAGAACGGCGCCACCCUCAAGAACGCCAUCAUCGGCGCCGACCAGAUCGAGGGUGUCCACUGCAUGGGCUCCUGCACCGUUGAGAACGUCUGGUGGACCGCAGUCUGCGAGGACGCCCUCACCCUGAAGGGCGACGGCAACGCCAGCGUCAUUGGCGGUGGUGCCCGCAGCGCCGAGGACAAGGUCAUCCAGCACAACGGUCUCGGCACCGUCACCAUCGACGGCUUCACCGCCGUCGACUUCGGCAAGCUGUACCGCUCCUGCGGCAACUGCAAGACCAUGGGCGAGCGCAAGGUCGUCGUCAAGAACGUCAAGGCCUUCAACGGCAAGAUGCUCACCGGCAUCAACUCCAACAAGGGCGACACCUCCUCCAUCACUGGUACCUGCGCCACCUCCGUCAAGGAGAUCUGCAGCGAGUUCCAGGGCACCACCCCCGGCCACGAGCCCAAGAAGAUCUCUACCGGCGCUUCUGCUUCUUGCAAGAUCUCCGCCGUCGGGGCUUGUUAAGCGGCUCACUGAGCUUUCUCGUCGAUUCAAGUCCCCUGUCUCGGCCGCCCUCGCCGCGCGCUGCCAUGUGCGGUUAUGUAACCCUUCUGUCUCCGGGAGACCGUGGGCGGGCUUCGUUUUUUCAUUAGAGAACGGAGGAAAAGGAACUACAAACUCACUUCCUGUGGUGUUUAAGCUAAUACACACCACUUGGCCUCUUGGCUGUUCACUGUAUAUAUAGACAUAGAAACCUGUUACAAAAGCAACAGCAAAGAUUAAAUAACACGCGACUGUAUAUUGCCUAUGUCGAGAAUUCAAAGGGGAAGAAGGGAUGAACUCUACAGAAGAUCUAGCAACAACAGCAG